CUCUGCCUUGAGUAUCAUGAAUGAAGAGAAACGGAAUCUCUCCCUAGGGGGCCAUGUUGGAUUUGAUAGUCUCCCAGAUCAGCUUGUCAGCAAAUCUGUCACACAAGGAUUCAGCUUCAACAUCCUCUGUGUGGGUGAAACAGGCAUCGGGAAAUCCACACUAAUGAACACACUUUUCAAUACCACCUUUGAGACGGAGGAGGCCAGUCACUACGAGAAUGCAGUUCGCUUACGACCACGUACCUAUGACCUUCAGGAAAGCAACGUGCACCUGAAACUGACAAUUGUGGAUGCAGUGGGGUUUGGAGACCAGAUAAAUAAAGACGAAAGUUACAGGCCAGUAGUUGAUUACAUUGAUACGCAGUUUGAAAACUACUUGCAAGAAGAGCUGAAAAUUCGUCGAUCUCUCUUUAAUUAUCAUGACACAAGAAUCCACGUCUGCCUUUACUUCAUCACUCCAACUGGGCACUCGCUCAAAUCCUUGGAUCUGGUAACAAUGAAGAAGCUAGAUAGCAAGGUGAAUAUUAUUCCCAUCAUUGCCAAAGCAGACACCAUUUCCAAGAGCGAGCUGCACAAGUUUAAGAUAAAGAUUAUGAGUGAGCUGGUCAGCAACGGGGUGCAGAUCUAUCAGUUUCCCACGGAUGACGAAGCUGUUGCAGAGAUCAACUCCGUAAUGAAUGCUCAUCUGCCCUUUGCUGUUGUUGGCAGCACGGAGGAAGUGAAAGUUGGAAACAAGCUGGUGAGAGCUCGCCAGUACCCCUGGGGGGUGGUACAAGUCGAGAAUGAAAGUCACUGCGACUUCGUGAAACUGCGAGAAAUGCUGAUCCGCGUCAACAUGGAAGAUCUUCGGGAACAGACUCACACUCGCCACUAUGAACUGUAUAGACGGUGCAAGCUGGAGGAGAUGGGGUUCAAGGACACAGAUCCUGACAGCCAGCCUUUCAGCCUUCAAGAAACCUACGAGACCAAAAGAAAAGAAUUCCUUGGUGAGCUGCAGAAGAAAGAGGAAGAAAUGAGGCAAAUGUUUGUUAACAAAGUCAAGGAGACAGAGUUGGAACUGAAAGAGAAGGAAAGAGAGCUACAUGAAAAGUUUGAGCAUUUGAAGAGGAUACAUCAGGAAGAGAAGAAGAAGGUGGAGGAGAAGAGGAGGGAUUUGGAGGAGGAGAUGAACGCCUUCAACAGGCGAAAAGUCGCUGUUGAAACCCUGCAGUCUCAGUCCUUGCAAGCGACUUCACAACAGCCCUUUAAGAAGGAUAAAGACAAGAAAAAUUAAUCGCACACAGACCGAGAGUGGACUUUGUACUUUCAUGUGUUAAGUUGCUUGAGUUUCCUACCUUGUGUUACUUCUGUCAUAACAUUGUGUGAGUGGACCAAAGUGAAAGAGAAAAUGAGCCUCAUCAGUGUUUACAGUGUAACAAUUUAUUGUUGUCUGUACAGGACUUAUGAAUAGUUUUUAAGGAAAUAAAUGUCACACUCUGUAAAUUUUCUGACACAAGUCAAAUAAUCCUGAAAAUGACCAGGCUUGUUUCAAACCUGAUGGGCAAACAUCCACUUGUAAAGUGACCACAACUGUUUAUCAGAACUAAUAUUACUAACUGAUAGUGACUUUACUGAUUGCAUUAAUUAUUAAUGCUUAAUGGGGCUCUGAUUUGAUUUUUUUCUAUAUUUGUCCUGAGUAGUGUGAAGAACAUCCUUUUAUUUUUCUAUUAAACGUCAUAAUUUGAAAAAGUUUAGAGUUGAAAACAAUACUUUGAAUUUCCUAACAGGGCCCAAGUGCUUUAGGCUCAGUAACCUACCCUCAGGUCAUUUUAAAAAAACUUAAUUUCUCUAAACACUUUGUGCCGUGCAUAAUAUAUAGAGAGUGGCAACACAAGUCAUACGACAAUGUUUUGAUUUUUCUUUACUGCUAAUGUGCAACAUUUAAAUAGGAAGAUUUUUCUUUCUUGAAGGUUUGUUAUAUAAUAUGGAAUUAUGGGAUUUUACUCCAUCUGUAACUUAAUCAGUGUAUUUUGCUGUCAAGGUAAAGAUGCUUUGAUCAUUCAUCUUGAACUUUUAAAUUGUUUCCAGUGCAAAAAAAAUCUAUCCAUAAACAGAUGCAUAAUCAAAAUAAGCAGCCUGAUCCUAAGCAGAGUUAUGUAUUUCCAAAUUCCUUUAGGCCUUGUCUCCACUUCUCAGGAGCUGCAAUCUCCUGUUAUUGGUCUCCCAGGGGUUGGUCUCCGUAGUAAGGACCUGCUAAAUUGACCACUAAUUGCAAUCCCAUCAACUCUGGUACAGUACUCCACCAGGUCACAAGGGGUAAGGGAAGUCCAUGGGAGAAUUUCUUCCAUUGACCCCCUUCAAUGGGAAUGCUGCGGAGAUUUGAAAUAAGGUACAUUGACUCCAGCUAUGCUUUUCACUUAGCUGGAGUUGCAUACCUUAGUUCAGCUUUGCCACCUAGUGCAGACCUGGCCUUAGACCUCUCCUUUCACAAAUUUUUCUCUCUAACGCUAUUUUGAUAUUUAGAAACCAUUGUUUCCACAGAGCUGUAUAAGGAUCAACAAUAAUAUUUUAGGCAGUAGCCAACAGCCUACCUUUUGCAUGAUGUAGGCACUUGGUGAAUAUGGACAUGCUAGGUAGAGUGUCCCCUUUUCAUUUAGAUGUGGUUGUCUUAGACUAAAAAAUUCCAUCGGAUAAUGGGCUAAAAGAAAAAAAUAUAUAUACUAGCUCCCACUGAGGCCAUAUCUUCACUAGAAGGAAAAUCGAUGCUGCCAUGAUUGAUCUUCCGGAGUUCAAUGUAGCACGUUUAGUUAAGACCCUAUGAAUCGAACUCAGAGGGUACCCAUGUCGGUGGCCAGUACUUCUGCUCCUGUGAGGAGUAAGGGAAGCAGAUGGGAGUGUUUGCUCCUGUUGGCCUCUCACUGUGUGGACGCAGGGAAACUUGAAUUAAGGUCCCACUCCAGCUACAUAAUUAACAUAGCUGGAGUUGCAUAUCUUAAUUUGACCUUCUCCUUUAGUGUAGACCUGGUCUUAGUGCCUUCAGAGUUUUGGUUAACCUUUUCAGCAAACACUGGCUAAUUAGGUGUUGAUUGUCAGCAUGUCCUUUUUAUUUAGUCUUCAUUUCCUGACCGUUUUUAGAGAUCUCUUAGUCUUUAAGCUAACAUGCUGGAAAAAUCUUUGUUUGAUUUUUAAAUAAUGGUGGAUAGCCUUGUAAUCUGAGCCUUUAGUUGGUCUGUUCAGAAGUAGCAUUUAGCUGGAUUGUAUGCUGAGGUUCUUCAACUUGCAUAUCCUGAUAAAGCAGCUUUUAAAACACAUGCUCAGGUGUAGUAAGAAAAUAUUUCAAAUGUUGGCCUUUUAUAUGAAUAUAUUGAAAAUCAUGUCACAGUAUUACUUGAUAUUUGUAAGUAAGAACCUCAUGAAAAUAAUACAGGUACGUUUAAGGACAGGCCAUUUUAAAAAGAGAGUUGAUGGUAUUAAUACUUAUUCAGGAGUCUGCUGCGAUCUGACCAUUUAAUUUUAAGGCUGUGCCACUUUAAACUAAGUAUAUUGUAAAGAAUGACUGUCAAAUGUUGAAGGUUAAUAUGUUUGUUAGAAUAAAUGCUCAAAGACUAUGGCAAUUGUUACAUAUGCACCUGAUUGACUGAAAAUUGUCAUGUGGCAGAUUAGUAGGAAAUCAUGGUAUUUUCACUCAUAUGAGAAGUUCCAUAAAGAUCAGUGGACUAAUCACAUGAAGAAAACAAUAGCUUAUGGUUUAUGAUGUUUUACUUUCUCAAAGGUUAACAUUACUUAGAGUUGGAAUAAAAUUAACUAAUUAGGUCACACAUGCAAAGGAAUACAUCAUGAUUGGCUUUUCAGUCAGUAGUAUUUUCCUGAUCUCAUGUUGCAGCCAACAAGAUCAUCUAUGCAAAUAUUUUCUUCCUGAUUGGCUCAUCAGUGAUCAGAAAUACUUAUUCAUAGAGCUGUAACUAUUGUUUCUUUAGGUUGUUAGUUAAAAAUAAUAGUAAUAAUAAUAAUGAUAAAAAUAAAAAUUGCAACUCCCUGGCCAUAUGAGAGAGAUUUCUGAAGACAUUCAGAAUGUAUGUAACAAUAUUUUAAUUAUUAAUUAUUAUUAUUAUUGGUAUAUAUACAUUGACUUCAUGUUGUGGUAAACAUUGUUCUUUUAGUAAAAUACUGAUCUCAACUUCAUCAUGGUAAUUAUGAACCUCUUGGAUUGGUAGACUAUAAUAUUCUCCUCCAACGGAAGUCAGUAUAUCCUUCUUCUUUUGUUAGUAUUUGAUUUUUCAUUUUUGCCUGAGACCAAAUUUAAAUGUUUGGUGCAUUAAGGUAGGUAUGUACUUGCUUUUUAUUUAACAAGUUAUCAAUAUAAGGUGACGCUAAUCUCACUCCAAACUGAAGAUUUACCUCUUAUGUUGUAGACUAGAUGACAAUAAAGAUUGCUUCAAAAAUUAUAUAUGAAAUGAGCAAUCAAAUUAGAAUAUUUUUCCUGGUUAUUUUUUAACAUACAUCUGUAAAAUGUUGGCAUUAAUGGAAAAGUUAUCCAUUUUCUAUCAUUUAAAUACCCAUUACCAUGUAUUUU